ACGCAGCCAAACUCGUCGAGUGAUGUCACUUGCGUGAAAGCAACCUUUAAGAGAGGUGUAGGCUUCGCCCGCAGACCUGCUCGGCGAGCGCUUUCGUAUCGUUGCACUCUGCUGUGCUUCAGGAGGACGCACCACUAGGAUGAAAAUGGGCAAAGCAACGGUGUUUUUCUUCGUGACCACUUACAUGGGAAUGUGCCAUUCCCAGCUGAAGCCCGGCUGCGAAAAGGCUGAGCUUCACGCCUGCGGUGAGGAUUACAUGGUGUACAGCAACAGCACAACAAUGCCAGAGCCCGACGAGCCUGAGUUUGAGGCGAUGUGCGAGUUGUUCCGUGAACAAGUUGCCUGCACACUCAACUUUGCACGGCGAUGCCUGCAAGAUGGAAUCCCACGCGUCGUAGCUUUGGUAGGCAUGGAGGCGGCUGGGGAUGACUUCGAAGCGGCUUGCACGGAAGGCAGUCACGAACACGAAAUGUUGAGGAACAGCGUUCAGUGCAUGAACGCCGUCGGAACCAGGCUGAACCGCUGCUUUGAUGGCCUUCGCGAUGGCUUGGGAGAAAGCCUUGCUUCCACAGAAGGAAUAAGGACCAUCCACUACACGUGCUGCACGUACAACAAGUUUUUGGAUUGCAUAGAGCGCUCUGUUGAUGGGUGCGAACCAGGCUCCAAGGCAAAAGAAUACCUGAAUACCAUCAUGGAUCGUAUUUAUGGACAAAUGUUGGGCCUAGUGUGUGGACAAUAUACCCGUGGUUCAACACACUGCCUGGACUUACCGAAGCUUCCACCGUAUAUGGGCCCAAAACAGAACCUCAUCGAUUUGCUCAUUGAAAUAUCCAAUGCUUUCAGGAACGUUAACAACUAGAGAGUAUGUCCACGUGCAUUAAAGUUUUGCUCUAAAAUUUGUG